GCACCUAUAGCUGCGGCUCUUGUGUUUUGGCGUCGAUCAAACAUUAAACAUGGCGGACUUUGGGGACUGGGUCUAGCAAAGGGUCAUGUUUUCUAGAUCAACACUAAUCGAGCGUGCACGUUCCUGACCGUGUUCACACUCCCCCCAAGUGGAUGAUUCAGCAGGAGAAGCCUCAGCUGCCUGCCACCAUGCCGGUGGUGUGGCCUACACUUCUCGACCUCAGCCGUGAUGACUGUAAAAGAAUCCUGCGAAAGCUUGAGCUGGAGGCAUAUGCCGGAGUGAUCAGUGCGCUUCGUGCUCAGGGUGAUCUUACCAAGGACAAGAAAGACCUGCUUGGGGAGCUUACCAAAGUAUUAAGCAUUUCAACUGAGCGGCAUCGUGCAGAGGUGCGGCGUGCGGUGAAUGAUGAGCGCCUCACUACUAUCGCAUACCACAUGUCUGGGCCUAACAGCUCCUCAGAGUGGUCUAUUGAAGGGCGUAGGCUGGUUCCCCUGAUGCCCAGGCUGGUACCUCAGACAGCUUUUACAGUGACUGCCAAUGCCGUAGCCAGUGCAACAGCACAUCAGAACUCUUCUCUGCUUCUACCGGCAGAGACUGGCAACAAAGAAGUGGUAGUGUGCUAUUCGUACACCAGCACUACAACCACGCCCCCCAGUGUAUCCGCCCCCAGUGGCAGUGCAGCAGCUGCGGUCAAGUCACCUCGGCCUACGAGUCCUGCCUCUAACGUGGUAGUGCUGCCCAGCGGUAGCACUGUGUAUGUGAAGAGCGUAAGUUGCUCUGACGAGGAUGAAAAGCCUCGCAAACGUCGACGCACAAACUCCUCAGGUUCUUCACCUGUUCUACUAAAGGAGGUGCCUAAAAUGACCCCACCCACCUCAAAAAGCAUCACAGUGCCACAGUGCAGCCCAAAGAUGAGCAACCUGAUGCAGAGCAUCGCGAACUCAUUGCCGCCCCACAUGUCUCCUGUAAAAAUCACUUUUACCAAGCCGAGCACACAGGCCACUAACACCACCGCCCAAAAGGUCAUUAUUGUAACAACAUCUGCCAGCUCCAGCUUUGUUCCCAACAUCCUCUCCAAGUCGCAUAACUAUGCAGCUGUCUCAAAGCUGGUGUCCAGCUCUGCAGUCACAUCGUCUGGUCAGAAGCAGACCAUGGUGAUUUCGGCUGGCAACACCACUGCCCCUAGCCCUGUCGCCGUGACAACUGUGGUGUCCUCCACUCCUGCAGUGGUCAUGUCCACCGUGGCUCAAACAGCGUCUACAGCAGCAGUAAAAGUGGCCACAGCGAGAAUGCCCUCCCCCAAAGCUCUGGUUGGCUCUCCAUCUCAGAUCCUCCAGUUCCAAAAGCCACAGCAGUCAGUUUCACCCAAAGGCCUGACUGCGUCUCCUCUUUCCUCCUCACCUCAAACCACCAGUGUAGUGUCUUCAUCCAAACCCACCAUACAGAUCAAACAAGAGUCAGGUGUAAAGAUCAUCACCCAGCAGAUGCAGCCUAGUAAGAUUUUGCCGAAGCCCACGAGUGCUGCAAUGCCGAGUAGCAGCUCUGGUCCCAUCAUGGUGGUGAGCAGCAAUGGAGCCAUCAUGACCACAAAACUGGUCUCCACUCCUACUGGAACCCAGACUACGUACACACGGCCCUCUGUAGCUCCAUCCAUCGGAGCUCGGAUGGCAACGUCACCUGCUGGGACUACAUACGUCAAAACCACCAGUGGCAGCAUUAUAACAGUGGUCCCCAAGUCUCUUGCAACACUGGGAGGAAAGAUCAUCAGCUCCAACAUAGUGUCCGGCACCACAACCAAGAUCACCACCAUUCCCAUGACCUCCAAACCCAAUGUCAUCGUGGUGCAAAAAACCACUGGCAAAGGAACCACCAUCCAGGGCUUACCGGGGAAGAAUGUGGUCACCACAUUGUUAAACGCAGGGGGGGAGAAAGCUCUGCAGGCUGUGCCGGGAGCAAAGCCUGCCAUCAUCACAGCAUCUCGGCCCAUCACGAAGAUGAUUGUAACGCAGCCGAAGAGUCUGGGCUCAGCUGUGCAGCCAACUACCACCACCAAGCUCAUCCCAACCAAGAUUGUCUACGGGCAGCAGGGCAAGACACAGGUGCUGAUAAAGCCAAAGCCAAUGGCGUUCCAGGCGACGGUAGUGAGCGAGCAGGCAAGGCAGCUGGUGAGCGAAACGCUGCAGCAGGUGAACCGAGGUCCUGAAGCAGCCGUAAUACCAAGUUCUAGUCAGGAGGGGGCGCUCAAGGAUGAGUCUUCAUCCUACUUGGAGAGCAGUCCAACUUCUUCAGACAAUACUCAUGACACCCAGUCGGUCGUCCAUGUCAUCAGCUCCAGGGGCCAGGACUGGACAGAACAAGGAGUCUCAGUGGAAGCGAGUCCCACUAUCAUUUAUCAGGACAUGAGUGGAGAAGCUCAGUCUGCUACGUCUACCAUUAAGGCCCUGCUGGAACUUCAGCAGACCACAGCGAAGGAAAAGGCAGAGGCCAAGCCUCGGCAACACACCAUUGAUUUGAGCCAGAUGGCUGUGCCAAUACAGAUGCCCACAGAGAGAAGGCAGUCGCCUGAACCCUCAGGACAGGCUGCAGGCGAGCCUGAGACCCAAGCAGAUGCCACAGGUAAAGCAGGGAAGGUUGCAGGAGGAGGUGAAGUGUCUACAUCCUGCAGUCAGUCAUCAGCUCUGUCUUCUACAGUGAAAAGCUCCAGCACUGCUCCAUCCACCAGCACCAGCUCAAUCACUGUACAGGCAACUCCUGGCAAGCCCAUGGAGGAGCAGGCCAUAGUGGAGGAGGGAGAAUUAGAAUGUGACACAUUGGACCCUCAAACUGGACUGUUCUACCGAUCAGUAAAUCCCUCGACCCAGACUACCCCUCCUCCUCCCCCUCCUCCUCCUCCUCCUCCUCCUCCUACUACCCCUCUGCCUCCCCCUCUCCAGCAGCACCGCACCCCCCCACACACACUUAGCAAGCCUGUGGUGCUGUCCAUAUCCACACCCACAAAGUCUACUCUCAGCCAGACUGAGGUCACCAAAAUCAUCCCCAGUGCCAGGCCUCCAGCGCCUUCAGUGACUGUACGGGUGGAUAAACCCACCAUCUCACCUGCUCCCUCUCUUUCUGCUCCCUCUGGAUCUGGAGCCCAACACACUCCCCCCACUAAACCAAUUCACACUCCACAGCUGCCCCGACUACAGCAGGCACCGACCUCACACAACCGACCCAACACACACACGCAGCUCUCCCAGCCUCCACCACUGCAGGCCCACCAUCCUGUGACUUCUGAUAAAGCUGCUAGCAGCAGCAGCCAGGUGCAGCAACCAAUCAUAACACAAGGAGCAGCGGUCACCAAAAUCACAUUUGGGGCUCCCCCUGUGUCUAGCAGCAGCGGUGAGGCUGCGGUAAAGCUGCAGGCCGAGUCCAGCUCGGAGAAGCCCAGCGUCUCUGAUAUCCUGAAGAUCUCCAUGAUGGAGGCGGAGAUCGAGCCUGGCACAGAGGCCGUGGUGGUGGACUCAUCCAGUGACUGCAGCACCUUUACCAAAGCCGCUUCAACUUCGCCACUCAUCAGCAGCUCAAAACACACACACUCACAUACACACGCCACCUUUGGACGCAUCCAGAAGAGCAAGGACCUGAAUGUUAUACAGGUGAUACCGCAGUACUCCAUCAUGCCUGACUCGAGUCAAUCAAAUGUCGUGGUGGAGCCAAGUGGCUUCCUGGAGAUCACUGACUACACCAGCCAGCGCCUGGAUGAUGAGGCCGCAAUGGACCAGGAAGUGGACAGCAGUAAUGAUGAGGGUGCAGCCCCCAGCCCAAUGGAGACCUGCGCUGAUCAGUCACAAUGAGCAAAGGCUUGUUUGAAAGAUGCCAGCAUUCACAUUCAUGCUAUUGACUCAUGGCUUCACUGGUGGCUUUCUGUGACAUUUCCUGAAGGAGAUUUUUUGAAAAACGAUUCCUAACUAGAACUCUUCUCCAUCGUACAGUUUUCAGAAAAGAGUUUUCACAAUUAUUUCUUCUCAACACUUUUUUUUUUUUUUAAUAGGACAGUAUUCAGCCAUGUAGUGGCAUUACUAUUUCCAGGAGUUUAAAAAGUUUUCGUUUUGUUUACUUAAUAUCCUGCAUUAUUUUACCAGGCUGUGCAAGACAGAAAGAGCAGAAGUGUUUAUUCUUGUCAUAUCGUGUAUGCGUGCUGGAUAUGAUACUGUAGAUUUACAGAGCAUGAGCUCUUGGUUUAGGUUGUUUAUGUUGAAUUGUCAAGACUAGAAUCUUGAAUUGUUUCAUGCCGUUUAUUUUUUUCUAAAAGGCGUGCGUGCACUGUGCCGCUGAGUGUAAAUAUUGUUACAGUUAGAUUCUUAUUGUCAUGAUGCACUUGUAAAUUGACAUUUUUUUCUCCAGGUCCCUAAAGCAAAAACCUUUCCCUAUUCACCUAAUCAUGCUUUGUCUUUUAAUGUAAAAUCGAUCAUUUUAAUAGAGUAAACUUUCAUUUAUGGUUUCUCACCAAAA